CCGGCAGCGCGCCUGCGCCUUUCGGGAGGCCCGCUGUACUUCCUGGGGCCGGGCUGGCGGCCUCUCAUAACUUUAUGGACCUGCUCCUGCGCAUCUGGGACCUUCUGGCUCGCGUGGAACAUGUUGGUACCACCACUCCCGUGUCCAGGACCCACACCUGCAGCCUCAGUGCCUGUUAAACCAAUAGAGGGCUUUCUUCGGUGCAGGGAUUUCUGGGGUUUUAGAAGUGAAGGAUUUGCAUGGGUGGAUCUCAAACCCAACAACACGUCAGAACUGCAGCCUCACUCUGUUCAACAACACCCGAAUGUCAUUGUCCUUUGAAGGUGGAAGCAGAGAUGCUUGUCUGUUUGAUUCUUGGGCAAAGAUUUCAAAUGACAGAGCCACCGGCAAGGCAGUGAGGCUGAUGCAGCCCAGCGAGAUAGUUACAGAGCACUGACAGUGGAAAGAGCUUCAGGGCAGUGCACAGCCAGAGAUGACACCAUCCACACUGGGAGAGAAACUGCACCCAUUCCGUGUGUGCUUGAAGUUUUGGUGAAUUAACCAAGUGAGCGACCAUGUAAAAUUUCUGAAGGAGUGAUAUCAGUGCAGACUUGCAAGAGAAACAAUUCCUCGUCCCAGAUGGAAACUUGUGGGUCAUGCCAGGGAGUAACUCCACCUCCUUUGUGUGCAGAAGUGGUUCAUUGACUUGUCCUCCUGCUUAGAACACCGUUGUCUUCACACCAAAGUGAAACCACUUCAGUGUUCUGACUGGGGGAAAAGAAAUGUCAGGCAAACCAGGGCCCUAACACUGGAGAGAGGCUGGACAGCUGCUCUCCACGUGGAAGACAAAUUCACUCAGUCAUCCCUCCCCACUGACUUCACGUGGGGAAGAAGCCGCUUGCCUGUUGCGUGUGUGGGGAGGGAUUCACCCGGUUGUCCAACCUAAUGGGACGCAAGCGUGUCCACGCCGAGGAUCGUCCGUUCACCUGCUCCGAGUGCGGGAAGGGAUUCACCCGCUCAUCCGACCUGAUGAGGCACCAGCGGGUCCACACCGGGGAGAGGCCCUUCACCUGCCCUGAGUGCGGGAAGGGAUUCACUCAGUCGUCCAGCCUGCUGACCCACCAGCGGGUCCACACCGGGGAGAGGCCGUUCACCUGCCCCGAGUGCGGGAAGGGGUUCACUCAGUCGUCCCACUUACUGUUGCAUCAGAUUGUCCACACUGGGGAGAGACCAUUCACCUGCUCCGAGUGCAGGAAGGGAUUCACCCGCUCAUCUGAUUUACUGUGGCAUCAGAUCGUUCACACCGGGGAGAAGCCAUUCAGCUGCUCUCAGUGUGGGAGGGGGUUCACUCUGUCCUCCGACCUGCUGAGACACCAGCGGAUCCACACUGGGGAGAGGCCCUUCACCUGCUCCGAGUGCGGGAAGGGAUUCGCUCGGUCCUCCAACCUGCUGACCCACCAGCGUAUCCACACCGGGGAGCGGCCAUUCACCUGCCCCGAGUGCGGGAAGGGCUUCACCCGCUCGACCAGCCUGGUCACCCACCAGCGGGUCCACACCGGGGAGAGGCCCUUCACUUGCCACGAGUGCGGGAAGGGAUUCACUCAGUCAUCAGACCUGCACUUACACCGGGUCGUUCACACUGGGGAGAGGCCAUUCACCUGCUCUGAGUGCGGGAAGGGCUUCACUCGGUCGUCUGACCUGCUGAGUCACCGACAAGUCCACACCGGGGAGAAGCCGUUCACCUGCUCCGAGUGCGGGAAGGGAUUCACUCGAUCAUCUGACCUACUGAGCCAUCAGAUAGUUCACACUGGUGAGAGGCCGUUCACCUGCUCUCACUGCGGGAAGGGCUUCACCCAGUCCUCCAACCUGCUGAGGCACCAGCGGGUUCACACCGGGGAGAGGCCGUUCACCUGCUCGGAGUGCGGGAAGGGGUUCACCAGGUCAUCCAACCUGCUGAGACACCAGCGGGUUCACACCGGGGAGAGACCGUUCACCUGCCCCGAGUGCGGAAAAGGAUUCACCAGGUCGUCCAACCUGCUGAGACACCAGAGAUUUCACACCGAGGAUAAAGGGGCGGCGGCGGCGCGGAGACCCGAUGCAAUGAAUGAGCCGGAACUCCCGCCCUCCACCUGCGCCGCUCCGCGCAGCAUCCAGUGCUGGGACCUUGGGGAUAUCCCCCCCUCCUCUAGGAACCGGGAGCUCGGGCGGACCUUGGGGAUUCCCCACAGGGUCCGGGGGCGCGGCCAGGCCGGACCUGUCGCAGGCCUGUUCACACCCUCCUGUCUCCACAGCCAUGAACCCCUUUCACUGCCCCGACUGCGGGAAACACUUAAGCGAUCCAGUGACCUGAUGAGACACCAGCGGGUCCACAGCGGAGAGAGGCCGUUCACCUGCUCCCACUGCGGGAAGGGGUUCACCCACUUGUCCCACCUGGUGAUACACCGCAGGGUCCACAGCGGGGAGAGGCCCUUCAUUUGCUUGGAGUGCGGGAAGGGAUUCACUCGGUCCUCCACCCUGGUGACACACCAGCAAGUCCACACCGGGGAGAGGCCGUUCACCUGCUCUGACUGUGGGAAGGGGUUUCUCCGCACAUCCAACCUGGUUAUACACCAGCGGGUCUACACCGGGGAGAGGCCCUUCACCUGUUCGGAGUGUGGGAAGGGAUUCAGCCAGUCAUCCGACCUGGUGAUCCAUCAGCGGAUCCACACCGGGGAGAAACCAUUCACCUGCACUGAGUGCGGGAAGGGGUUCAUUCGGACCUCUGCCCUGCAGACCCACCAGCGUCUUCACACAGGAGAGAGGCCGUUCACCUGCUUGGAGUGCGGGAAGGGAUUCAUUCGGUCGUCUGAUCUUCUGGUGCACCGGCGGAUCCACACCGGGGAGAGGCCAUUCACCUGCCCUGUGUGCGGGAAGGGAUUCACCCAGUCGGCUGAUCUGUGGAGACACCAGCAGGUUCACACCAGGGCGCGGCUGCACACCUGCUCCGAGUGCAGGGAGGGAAUUAUUUACCUGUACAAACUGGUGACCCACCAGCUGCAGGUCCACCCCGGAUCAUCUGCUGAGUGGGCAGAGCGUAUUCCGUGUCCUGGAGCAUUCUGGGUAUCGGAAGCCGCCAUUGCACCGCGGAACAAAAUCCACACCGGCAGCUUCACAAGCGGCGAGAAGGAACGUGUCCUCAUCGAACGCGGGAAUCACAGCGGGGAGAGGCCGUUCACCUGCAGUGACUGUGGGAGGGGGUUCACUCGCUCGGCCAACCUGCUGACCCACCAGCGGGUCCACACCGGGGAGAGGCCCUUCACCUGCCCUGAGUGCGGGAAGGGGUUCACCCGCUCGUCCAACAUGGAGAUACACCGGCGGCUUCACACCGGGGAGAGGCCAUUUACCUGCUCCGAGUGCGGGAAGGGAUUCACCCGCUCAUCUAACCUGGUGAUACACCGGCAGGUCCACACCGGGGAGAGGCCGUUCACCUGCUCGGAGUGCGGGAAGGGCUUCAUUCGGUCGUCUGAGCUUGUGAUGCACCAGCGGAUCCACACCGGGGAGAGGCCGUUCACCUGCCCUGUGUGCGGGAAGGGGUUCACUCAGUCCUCUGACCUGCGGAGACACCGGCGGGUUCACACCAGGGAGCGGCUGCACAUCUGCUCCGAGUGUGGGAAGGGAUUUAUUUACACGUACAAACUGGUGACCCACCAGCGGCGGGUCCACCCUGGGGUGUGGAGUCCACCUGUUCUGGCUCCGAGAAGGGAUUCGCUCAGUCAUUCCACCCGCUGACACACC